UGGUGCGCCUAACUUCUGUCAGGAAUAGAAGAGCUUCUUUGAAAAUGACUAGAUUCGGAGUUUUUCCCCCGUUUUUCUUCUCUAACGAAGCCGCACUUGGAAGCAAAGUACUGAAAUUCAAGCCAUAGUGUCCAGGUGAUUAGCGAUUGGUCUGAAUCUCGAAAUAGAAGAUUUAAACCUCUUGAAGGGCAGUAGUUUGUUCAUUCUUGCACCGUAAAAUUAGUUUUUUGAUCAGAAAAGUAGUGGGCAUGUGUUUUUCCACUCGAUAUUUCUUUUACAUUUUAAAGUUAAAUAGCAGAGUAAGAAUUUAGAAAGUGAAGGAAGCAACAGUUCUUUAUUCAAACCCUGAAAUAAAGUACUUCUGGGGAUAAUUAUCCUAUCUCUGUAUCAAUCGCAUUGUUUGAUCUCAGUGCUUUAGUUUCAAUGAAGUGGGGAAAAUGUACUGUACAUACAAUGAUAUGUAUAUAAUUUGUGUGCAAAAACACACAAAACCCUUUCCAGGAAUGUUUUGUUCAGAUCUUCACAUUAUUAUUCAUCGGAGAGAACAAAGAAGCAUGUCAAUUUAAUAAUACAAAACUGUCCUGAACCUGGGAAACAACUUUUCUUGAAAAGAAAAUAAUUUAGCAGCCACAGUGGAUUAUCGUCCUGGAUUGCUUCGGGGGAUGUCAGGGAACGUCUACAUAGAAGGAAUAAAUCAUUUCCGAAUGGAAUAUAGAAAUGAUGCAGUAAUAUAUAACCCUGAUGACUAGGUGGUCUGCUUUGUCGACCCAGAUUAUCAAUGGGGAAAAUACAAAUAGCAUCCAGCACAUGCUAAAGAUGCUGGAAGGUGUCCUGAACCCACCUCGUCAAGAGUAGUAAAAAAGGUGAACAUCUGACUUUUGAUGAAGACCUCCACCAUUCUCCUGUUACAGUGAUUUUGAUAUUUUCCACUUCAGCUCAGCUGGAAUCGUCUCAACCAAGAAGCUAAUGGCACACUUUCUUUGGUUACUGCACUUCACAUAGCCUAGCUUUCUGGCUGCCGUGUUUUAUGAGAUGACAUCAUGUUUUAACUGCUGCCAAGAGCAAUGGCUGGAGAUGUUCGGGCUGGCCUUGAUCUAACGUUUGGCCUGAAAGGAGCGUUUUAACACGCACUGAGAUGGAGGUUUCCCCAGCCAACAAUUUCACUGUCUUUCCAGGGGUUUGUGGCUCUUCAGAAUUCGCUCCAAUACUGGAGGGAACUAUGAGCACAUGAUGUGGGGUUACCCCCGCCUGGCGCCAGGAUGCCCAUUACCCAAGAGAAUGCCUUGAGUCACCUUCCUCUGCUGGAGCGCUGGCUGCAUUCCCAGUCUGAGCAGGACCUCGGCAAAGAGAGUCAACACCUGUGCCAAGCUGCCAUCCAGAAGCUCGUGGAGUACAUUCAGUUGAACUUCAUCGAAGGGGAGAGCGGGCUCCUGCCCUGCCCCCCACGAGAGGGGAUGGACCUGGAGGUCCGGGCUGUUUGCCUCACCAAGUCCGAGGGAGACGGCGAGGAGUUUGGGCUCAGCUUUGGCAACAUCCCCAUCUUCGGGGAUCCAGAGGGGAGGAAGAAAGGAGGGCGGAGGAGGCGGAGGAAGGGUGACAAGGGACCCGUCCUGGAUGUGGGGUGUAUAUGGGUCACGGAGGUGAGGAAGCUGAGCCCCGCAGCCAGCUGUGGGGAGAUCAAGCUGCGUGACGAGCUCCUGUCUCUUAAUGGCCAGCUGAUGGUUGGAGUUGAUGUCACGGGAGCAAGUUACCUGGCUGACCAGUGCUGGAAUGGCGGAUGUAUCUACCUGAUCAUGCUGCGUCGUAUCAAACGCAAAGCUCCUCUUCCUCCUUGCAAUGGCAGCAGCAGCAGUGAGCACAGGAUCAGCGUUUCCUCUGAGCCCAGUGGCAGUCCAGCACAGAAUGGCAAAAGGACUCGGAAAUUUGGGGUCAUCUCUCGGUCCUCCUUCACCCGGGACAGCAAAGACAGCCGGGACUCCGAGGUAGAGAAUGGCCGUUGUAACUCUAUGGAUGCUGAGGUCUUGCCAUCACAGACCAUUGGCCCAGGAGCACAGUCUUCAGAAGUGAAGACGGGAGGCAGCAGUCCAAAACUAGAGCAGUCCCUUCCCAAUGGAGAAACCACUUCACCUCUGAGUGACAGCCACCCGAGGAUUCAUCUUCUGGAGAGUGGGAAAACCGAAUCUCUGAACAGCGAUCACUCCUCUCAGCCCAGAGAAGGCAGUCGCAUAUGGAAGAUGCACAUGGUGAAAGGGCAGGAUGGCCUGGGGAUCCAGAUCACAGGAGGCCGGGGCUCCAGGAGGUCCCCCCAUGGCAUCAUUGUGGCCCAUGUGGAGGAGGGGGGCGCAGCUCAGAGAGAUGGGAGACUGAAAGCUGGCGAUGAGCUGCUGAUGAUUAAUGGCCAUUCCCUGGUUGGUCUCUCCCAUCAAGAGGCUGUGGCCAUUCUCCGCUCCACAGCUGGACUGGUGCAGUUAGUUGUUGCCAGCAGGGAGGAAUCAGAGGUUGAUUUCCAUAAAUAUCCCUCAACCAGUUUGCCCGAUUUAGUAAGUACAUGCUCAUCCCAGGGCAACUCUCCUUCUCCCACUGAGGACAAAGAGAAUGUAGAGCCAGAAGUGGAGGAUGUAACAGCCAGCAGCCUCUCCCUGCCCACUCAGGACUUGGUUACAGAGGCUGACAAGCUUGAGGACCGAGGAAGGAUAGAAGGGCACAAGGGAUGCUGUCGCAGUCCCACUCCGAUGAAAUUUCGAAGCCGAUCCCAAGGUGGAGGCAGUCGUCUGGAGUCAGUCGGAGAGGAUGACGAGCUGAUCGUAGAGAAUGGGGAGGCUGGCUGUGACAUGUCUCAGAAACCGUCUCGGGGAGGACGCAAACACUCUCUUCCUCAGCAGCUCGACACUGUGGGCAUUCGACAGGAGUAUCAAAUAGUGAAGAAAUCAGCACGCUCCCUAAGCACUGUUCAAGUGGAGUCUCCAUGGCGACUGGCCCAGCCAUCUAUUAUCUCCAAUAUAGUUCUCAUGAAAGGACAAGGCAAGGGUCUGGGCUUUAGCAUUGUUGGUGGCCAGGACUCUGCUCGUGGACGGAUGGGAAUUUUUGUCAAGACCAUUUUUCCCAAUGGAGCAGCAGCAGCAGAUGGAAGGCUUAAAGAGGGUGAUGAAAUCCUAGAAGUAAAUGGCGAGUCUUUGCAGGGCCUGACUCAUCAGCAGGCAAUCCAGACCUUUAAGCAGCUAAAGAAGGGGGUGGUGACCCUGACAGUGAGGACCCGAUUGCGGAGCCCCAGUCUGACACCCUGCCCCACCCCCACCCUGCUUAGCCGCUCCAGCUCCCCCAACUCCAAUGCCAGUGGGGGCACCCCCAUCCCUCCGAGUUUCGAGGAUGGAGACGCUGCCUGUAGGAAGGGUCCUGGGCCGAAGGACCGUAUCAUCAUGGAGGUGACUCUUAACAAAGAGCCAGGGGUUGGACUUGGAAUUGGAGCCUGUUGCCUCACUUUGGAGAAUAGUUUUCCAGGCAUCUAUAUUCAUAGCCUUGCGCCCGGGUCCGUGGCAAAGAUGGAUGGCCGGCUAAGCCGUGGAGACCAGGUUCUAGAAGUGGACUCUGUAAGUCUGCGCCAUGCUGCCCUGAGCGAAGCUUAUGCCAUUCUCAGUGAGUGUGGGCCCGGUCCUGUGAGUCUGAUCAUCAGUCGACAUCCCAAUCCAAAAGUUUCUGAACAAGAGAUGGAUGAGGCAAUUGCACGCACCACACACAGGGAAAGCCUGUGCAAAGAUGGUCAUUCUGCUCAUGUGCUUGGUUUGCCCUCUAAGAGCCCCUCUCCGACAGUGAAAGCUAAGCAAAGCGAUGGGUCCACUUCUCUAAGCUGGACAAUGAAACGUUUCCUUGAACCAGCCAGCCGGCAAGGGUCACUGAGUUCAGAAGCAGAACUCUCUCAGUACUUCUCACAUGAUGUCCCUAGCCAGUCCUCUCUCUCUGAAACCAUGGUAACGGGGUCCAGUGAUGAGGAACUGCUACGUCACAAGAGCUGCAGCACCUCAUUGGACGAUACUAUAGCUCCAUCCCUUAACCUAACAUUCAAGGAGCAAGUCUAUGUCAGUGUGGAUGCAGGCAACGUCUCUCCAUCGGGCAGCGGACGAGCUUCUGUGCCCCUGAACAAGCACGUGGAGGCGGCCCGGCAGGCCAGUCUAGGAAGCAGUCCCAAAUCUAUCCGCAGCCCGUUGCUUAGGCAACGCCGCGUCAUCUGCUAUGAGGAUUUGGUCAGCGAUGAAGAGAUUGAGCCACCACAGGUGGAGGAGACAGGAGCCAUGGCUCUGUACAGAAGGACCAGGCAGGGUGGGGCGGAAGGCGAGAGAAUGCCAGAGGAGGAUUCUGGGAUCAUCAUUGCCACCUCUUCGGUGGAGGUGGACGAUGAAAGUCAGGAUGGGGGAGAGCUGCGCAGGAACUUCAGCAGCGAGGCUCCGACACCUCUCUACGGCAGCUCCCUGGAGUCAGAGGAUGGGGGAGGGGCUGAGCAGCCGCCACUGGGAACAGAGUCUCCCUUCAUGCCAAUUUGCUCCUUUGAAUAUGAUGGUGGCACUGGGAGCAGCAACCUGGGGGUUAAGAAGGACCCCCACCGUGAGGGCCAGCUAGAGUCCAAGCGCUCUCCCAAACUGGAGCACAAAGCUGUGACUCGAGUUAAAAGUAUGAUGAGCAUCGAGUGCCCCAACUUGCCUCACCGCCCCAAGAAUGAGGAGCAGCAGUCCCAGGCGGGGAUCAGACCUGUGGCCAGGCCCCUGCCCCACAGCAGAAAAUCUGAAAGCUGCGAUUGUGCUGGGGCCUACACUGUAGAAACAGUUGUCCUGCACAGGAAAGUGACAGAGUCCUUUGGCUUGGAUUUGGAGAUCAAGUCCUCUCCUCUGAAGGUGUUGAUAACGGGUUUGAGGCCAGGAGGUGCCGCUGAGAGAGAAUCUAUGGGCAGACUGAGCAUUGGUGAUGAGAUUGUAUCGAUUGGCAGCACCCCAAUCAGCUGCUCAUCGUAUCAGGAUGUUUGUAACCUCAUGCAGAGCCUUCCAGUAGCUCUUACAUUAGAUGUGAAAAAGCCAGUUUCAGCUGUAGAUCGAUUGUCUAGCAUAAUUAUGUCAUCAAGCACCGAUGGAAGUUCCAGAAUGGAUUCCUCCAAGACUUUCAUUUCUGAGGAGAAUGUUGAAGAUUUGACUAGGAAAGAGCCUGUUAGUACAGAAAAUGAGCUAUCUACACAUGAACAUUUAGAUUCUCAGACCUGUUUAAAAAACUGUGAAAAGACAAGCCAUAAGAAUGAUAUUCCUGUCACCUAUAUUGAUGACUAUAUAACUGAACUAAGUGCAACAGAUGAAGGGGUUCUUCAUGCAGUGGAUACAAAUGCAAGCCCAGAUUUAUGUGAAGAAAGAAGUACUUCAAAAAUAUUAGAUGGCAGUAAAAUGCAGGAAAAUGAUUGCAAGUUGGGUCAUUUGCAACGAAAUACAUUGGAUUUUUCCGUUUUGGAUUCUGGGAAUAAAGGCCGGCUUUUGACGGUCAGUAAAACAUUCUUAAAUAGCUACUCCAGGAACUUCAGUAAUUUGAGUGAAGACGCAACUUGUAUUCCAAAUGGUGUAAAUGAAGAAAAUGUUUCAUUAGCUCCUAAAUCUAUGUACAGUACAGUAGAUGAUAGUGACUCAGAAACAGAUUCUGCUACUGAAAAUGGACACCAUGUGGAAAAACCACAUAGUCGUGAUCCCAACCAGUACACGGAUCUUCAGAUAACAGACUCAGAUGAGGAACACGUUGAGAUCUGUUACAAUGAAACGCAUAACUCGAGCUCUCUGAACCAGUCUGAGGCACUAAAAGUUGAAGAAAGGGUUCAAAAUGUAAUGCCUCAGCAUGAGAAUUCAAACUCUCUUAGUAUAAAGAAAGCACAUUCCUUUGAAGCAAAUCAAGAAGUGUUACCUUUUUCACUGCAAAAAAGGUCUUGCUCAAACCCGGCUUCUCUAUGUCAGACAGACAAAGAAGUUCCCAUUCGUUCUGAAACUUUACAAUUGCAAUGCACAUUAUCUUCUGACUCUGACAGUGCUGGAAAAAACAAUGGAAAUUCAGAAAGAAACCGCUUCAUGAAAGAUGAAGAAAUGGUUUGUCCGUCCAACAGAGACAUUUCCCCAGACAACCCAAGUGUGUUAUCAGAAGAGAGUGGCAAAAAAGUUAACUGUUCAUCUAAUAAAGGGGUAGAACCUGCUUCUCCAAGUCAACGUAAUGCUGGAAGCUCUGCUUGCAUUCAUUCAAUCUCCCACAGUGUCCCAAGAUCUCAAGAUUCUGUUUUAAAGCUUCAAACAAAUUCAUCAGUACCUUCGAAUAAAUCUAGUAAUCAUGUCUCAUCACAAACAUCUGCCCCAGUGAUGAAGAACUCCCUUUAUAGCAAUUCCAAAUCGGGGGAGGGAAUUCUUACAGCACUCGCAUUAAAAGACAGAGAGAAAGAUAAGGCAUUUCCUCUAGAAACAAAAAUGGAUGCUUCACAAUUACAAACUAUUUCCUCUAGUCCCUUACCUAGGACCUCAGGAAUGAAAAUGCAUUAUGAAAGUACCAGUUUGUCACAGACAAGUAGUAGGAGCAAACUCCAGGAUAAAAGCCAGAAAGCAAACACAGCACCCAAGCUGAAGGGCUUAAGUAUUAAAAGUAAAAACAAGGUACAAGAUCCAUCUACAACAAAACCUUCAAAGUCUGAAGGUGUUUCUCAGAAGAAACAGCAAACAUCCCUCAUUCAGUCUCCAAAAGUUCAACCCAAGAGAGUUUUCUUAGCAUGUAGCUUAAAGACAGGUAAGCAGACAGAGAAAAAUGGUACAUUGCCAAAAUCUUGUCAGCAGAGGCAAGACAAGAAGUCGGCUGAUCUGGACACCUCCUUCAAAGAUAGUUCCAAACCCAAGGUGAGUGAUUCGGGUUCUGAACCACAAAGGGAAGAAUUUAUACCUGGUCAGGGGAAUGAAGAAACAACCAUAUCACAAGAAAAGCAAUUUUCUCAAACAGUGCCGAAACCCAAGGAACCAGCUGAAACUUUUACAACACAAAGAAGUUUCAUUGAAGUGCGACUUUCAUCCUCUUCCUUACCAUCAUCUUUAACGUCCACGCCUAUUUUAGGGCGUAAGGAGACUCCUCAAAAACCUGCAGAUCCUCCUAUGCAGGAUACAGCUUCCCAAUCUUCUAAAUCUAUAAGUACAACAAGUUUAUCCCCUAAGCAUACUGUAACAAGUCUUUUAACACAGAAGGAUUUGUGCAGUAGUGGAAACCAAGAAGAGUCAAUACUCAGUACUCGGGAAAGACAUGGCAACCCUCCUAGUCUUUAUGUUAAUACAGAAGAAGUUGGCACUAAAACAGACAAUAUAGCAGAAGAGACAACUCAACAGGGUUCAGCAAGCAACGACAUCUAUUUUAUCCACAGCCAGUCCAUUGAUGUUUUUAAAAGUCCUACAAAAAUGGAAAUUGAUGAGCAAGUCAAGGCAGUCAGGUCCAGGCAGGAGGUUAUGAAGUCCGACAGAAAAAGUUACUCCAUUGAAACUAGUGCUCCCCCAGACCACAACUCUUUUUCUGUUAGACAAAGAAUCAAGUCUUUUGAGAACCUGGCCAGUUUUGACAAACCAGUUAUUCGGACCAUUGAUAUUCAGUCCUAUGCUGCCACUUCCAAACCUCUGAUGUGUAGGAGGUCCUUAGGGUAUGUAGUGCCAACAAGUGUCCAUUCAAUGGAUGGUUGUCGCUCCUUGAGAAGGAGUUUAAGCUCCUGUGCUGACAAUUCCAGUGAAGCUCCAGUUAAUUCUCCACAGCAUCUGAGGAAAUCUCCAUCCAGUAUGGCUCUGUUAAAUUUUGAAACACCAACUACAAAGAAUCCCAUGGAAUCAAAUGCAGAAGAGAAGGCUAUGAGUGUUGUACCGGAAAGUGAGUAUGUCAGCAUACCACAAACUCCUCCUGUAACCAGAAUCAGGAACAUAAGGGAUCGCUCUGGCUUGUCUCGCUCCAGACUAAGAGAACUCAGGGCAUUAAGUAUGCCUGACCUUGACAAGCUUUGCACUGAGGAUUUUUCCAAUGAAACUGGCAUUGCUACUUUCAAAACUGAACUUGAAGUCACACCGAGGAGGUGCCUAGGGAACCCGGCAGAAGGUCUUAAUAAUUUGCACUCUGUAGCCUCCAGUGGUUCAGAUGUCAUGAAAGUGACUGAAAGCACAUUGUCUGGUUUCACCAGAAAUGUGGGGAACCAUGGAUUGGGCUUUGAUGAAGAACCUUCUCAGAACAAGGCCCAUGAGGCAGAGUCUUCAGAUAAGAGCUGGUCAGUCAGUUUAAGGGAGUUAUCCAUCUCCACCAUUGAUCAAAACAAGCUGCAGAGUAUUCUCACCUCUGUGAAGGAUAAACUAGAUGUGUGGACCCUAAUUCAGGAAGCCAAGACUCAGGCAGAGGUUAAAGAUGAUAUUUACUUUGUGGUCUUGAUAAAAGAAGAAGGUGCUGGUUUAGGCUUCAGUAUUGCUGGGGGAGUUGAUUUGGAGCAGAAAUCAAUAACUGUUCACCGAGUGUUCUUGCGUGGAGUAGCGAGUCUGGAAGGCACCAUUCAACGUGGGGAUAACAUUAUCUCAAUCAAUGGAACUUCCUUAGGAGGUUUCUCCCACGGAGAGGCUCUGUCUGUGCUCCACCAGGCCCGGCUACCAAGGCAUGCUGUGGUCAUUAUCAAGAAAGGAAAGGACACUGAACCCAUGUCUCCCAGACAGGAAGUGGCCUGUGUUACAGGAAGGCGUUCACAAUCCACAAGAGAUGUUGCCGUAACAGAAACAGGAACAGAUGCAGGCCUGGAUAUGUCUAUGGAUGGUGCUGUGACUGUAGAGCUCCAGAAAACAUCGGCAGGCCUCGGUUUCAGCUUGGAUGGAGGAAAAGCUUCCGUGCAUGGGGACAGACCUCUUAACAUCAAGCGAAUAUUCAAAGGCGGCGCUGCUGAGUUAUCUGGAGCUAUAGAGGUUGGAGAUGAGGUCUUGGCCAUCAAUGGACGAUCCCUGCAAGGCCUCAUGCACUAUGAUGCCUGGAACAUUAUCAAGUCGGUCACAGAAGGACCAGUUCAGCUGCUUAUAAGAAAGCCUAAAACAGCUGUAUGACAAUAGCCCCACUUUAUAUUCUGUAUAUAUUAGUUUGCAAUGAAAUCAAAACUUGUUUGUGCCAUAACAUGGGAGACUGAUCAAUUAUGUAAAUAAGAGACUUUUAUAACUAAACAAAUAAUCAUAUUUGCUAUUGUAAAUAUAUAAAUACACCUGUGUGUAUUAUGUAUAUAUUCUUGUUUACACAGAUUCUUUUCCAGAACGUCGGUAGAGUUAGCUCUGUUUUUAUAAAAAUCUUGACAGAAACCAGUAAUCAUCUGCUCUGUCUGAAUAUUAAGGAUAUUAAAUAACAGCUUAUGCAAGUCCCCAGUUCAAGUGUUUUUAAAUACAAUCACUUAACCAACCUGUACCACUGUCUUUGGAAAUUACACAAGAAAAGAUAUGCACUGAACCAAUUCAUAAUUUCACUGAGGUGUAUCAUGCAUAAUGCAAAUAGAUAUCAGUGCUUUUCAAUUUGACACUGAACAAAAUUGCAUUUGUGAUAAAGGUGUGUGAAUUUGAUCUAUCAUAGCACUGUCAGACCCAAUAAGAGUUUAUUUGAAUUUUGAAAAUGAGUCUUUUUACCACCACAAUGAUAAAUAUUACACUCAGCUAUAUAGAAUUUUUAAACGUUUUGUAAUCCAAGCCACUUUUUUACAUAUUGAGUGCAUCUUCUGUUAACAAAUGUGAUGUGAUUUUCCUCAUCUUAAUUUAGGUUAAUCAAUCCAACAGUGAGAACAACCUUACUCAGAGGCAGCAAAGAAACAAGUAUAGGUUUAUUUC